GCUGCUGUCGUGGCGUUCAAAGUAAAAAGAAAGUGUCAGCGGUUUUGUUGGGCGCUCCUGGAAUUAAGCGAAUUUUCAAUUAAAAACCACAGCAAAACCUACCGGAAAUGUGCCGUCAACUGGUUGCCCUCUGCCUGAUCGCCCUGAUGGGUGCAUCCGGUGUCUACGGAAGCUGCAAGGCCACCGUGUCGUCGUUUAGCACACAAGAUGCCACCAUUCUGAUGCAGCUGGCGCACGUUGCCGAGCUCACGCUGCAGUGCAGCAACUCUGCACAGCCCAGCCUGUUCGCCGAGUUCCCCUGCGGCAAGGUUGUGCCCGUGGCCAAGAUUGGCGACAGCAAGUACCAGGUGAGCUGGGUGGAGGAUAUCAAGCAAGGUAGCAGCGGCAACGUCCAGGUGCGUCUCUUCGAUGAGGAUGGCUAUGCCAACGUACGCAAGGCACAGCGCGACGGCGAUAAGGUCUCGUCGGUUAAGUCCCUGCUGGACAUCACCGUGCCCACCAAGAGCGCUUACAAGGGUCCCUGGGUAAAGGCCGAGAUUCUUGCCGCCGUCCUGGUGACCGGAGUUGCGUACUUCGCGUUCACCACCAAGAGCAAGGUUCAAGCCUAGGAUUGCAUCUCAUUCGAUGUAAAUUGCCGACCCAUUGAAUGAAAUUCAUUCACCUAUUUCACGUAGCAACAAAUUAGCGACUCCGAGCUGGAUCCUAGAGAUUUUUUACCAAUAAGCAUCCAAAAUUGGGUUGAAAAUAAAAAUUUUAAAAAACCGAA